CAUGUAUGCAGCUAUAUAUGUCUAUUCUUUCUUGUAACCUCAAAACCCCUCUUUAAAACCCUUUGGGCAAACUGCAGCUCCCAAAGCCCUCAAAAUUAGCAAAUGCAUUUCCUCCGUCGAAUUUCUCACCACCAGUACCACCUGGGUCAACAAUGGCGCACGUUAUUCGACGAUGCGGCUGCUCUUUCCAUCAAACAUGUAAGAGAUCGUGGACUCGACCACGCUGUCGAAAGAGAGAAAAAUCUCAAACCACUGCUCAAAAUCAAGAACCUCAUCAGAUCUGAACCCUCAAAAUCCAUUCCAUUAAACAUCAUUACUCAAUCCAAAGAUUCUCUACAAAUCCCAUCUCGCCCUAUUGAGUUUAUCCGAAAAUACCCUUCCAUUUUCGAAGAGUUUUUUCCAGCUAGCGUAGCUAUACACCCUCAUAUUAAGUUGAAACCGGAGAUUCUAAGAAUUGAUUCAGAUGAAGAGUUGUUUUACCAAAGUGUGAGUUAUAAAAAAGAUGUUGCUGAUAGGCUUUUGAAGCUUUUGAUGAUAAGUAAAAUUAAUAAAAUUCCGUUAUAUGUUAUUGAUAAGCUUAAAUGGGAUUUGGGUUUGUGUGAUAAUUAUGUGAAAAAUAUAGUACCGGAAUACCCGGAUUAUUUUCGGGUGAAUAAUGAGUCAAUGUUGGAGUUAGUUUGUUGGAGUCAUGAACUAGCUGUUUCCUUUUUGCAAAAACAAGCCAUGAAAUGUGGAACUGAAGUUAAGUUUGAUUUGAAGUAUUCGAACGGGUUUGAGAUGGAUAACAAGUAUAAGAAGUGGGUUGAUGAAUGGCAAAAAUUGCCUUAUAUUUCACCAUAUGAGAAUGCAAAGUAUCUUCCUUCAAAGAGUGAUGAAGCUGAUAAGUGGGCAGUGAUAAUUUUGCAUGAAAUUCUUAGUCUUUGUGUUGGGAAGAAGGCGGAGAAAGAUAAUUUGCUUUUGAUAGGAGAGUGUUUGGGACUUCGUUCUAGGUUUAAGAGGGCAUUGAUGUUGCAUCCAGGAAUAUUUUAUGUGUCGAGUAAGGUGCCCGGCACACAUACUGUGGUAUUGAAGGAGGGCUAUAAAAGGGGAAUGUUGAUUCAGAAGAACUCGUUGAUGGAACUGAGAUUUAAGUAUGUUUUUCUUAUGAACAAGGUGAUGGAGGAUAAAAGAUCGAAAGAUAUGCAACAUAAAGGUAGUCAUGAUGUGAAAGAAGGUUAUGCAACGGAAACUGAUGCUGAUAUGGAAGAAGACGAUGAUGGGGACUCUGAUGUGCAUAAUGAUUACCAUGAUGAUGAGAUGGACAAUGAUGCUAGAGAUGUGAAGCAUAGCCAAAGAUUAAACUUGAGGACAAGAGUUGAUGAUGGGAAACCUAGCCGAAAUUUAAACUCGAUGACAAGAGAUGUUGAUAGGAAGCCUAGCCGAAUAUUAAACUCGGGGACACGAGAUUAUGAUAGGAAGAAUUCAGCUACCUCUCCAAGGCUGUCCUCAGGACGAAAUCGAAGCAGAGAUGUGGAAAGAGCAUCAAGAGGAGAAGAAAAUAAUGGUGAGCAAGAUGCUCGGACUAGAUAUGAGGACAAAAGAAGUUCCAACACAGAUGUGGGAAGAACAUCGAGAAGAUCUCCUUUGAGAGAACAAAAUGACGGUGAGCACGACGCUCAGGCUAGAUAUGAGGAUAGAAGAAGUUCCAAUAGAGAUGUGGAAAGAAAAUCAAGAAGAUUGUCUUGGAGAGCAGAAAAUAAUCAUGAGCAAGAUGCUCAAACAAGAUAUGAGGACAGAAAGCUUCCAAUAAAUUCAUUGAAGACGUCGGCAAGAAGAAGUUCCAACAAAACCAACGAAAGAACCUCCCGAUCUUCUAGGAGGUCGGAGAGUAAUGAUAAUCAAUAUGAUCACCGGAGAUCAAGUAACAAAUUUGAUCUAUGUAGAAACCGGGGAACAUCUAAACAGAGGAGGAAUUCCACACCAUGAAAAGCUAUUCGCUCUGUGAAGGCAGUGCACAACAGGUUUGAUUUUGAUUGCUUCAGAUUUGUCAGUUGUCACUCACAUAUGCUGCUAUAAGGCUGCAACAACAUAUUGCAGAAUCUUGUCUCAUCUAAUUUUGGUAAUUUAAGCGAAUUUUCCUGUGUGGUUUCUUAAAAAAAAAAAAAAACACUCUUAACAACUUAUUCACUUCAUCUUAUAUAAGAUUAUUAAAAAAAUCAUCAACCAUGGUGUCAUCUAGAGUUGGUGAGAUUGCUCUGACCAACAUGACGAUGAACCUAUCUAUACAAGUCCUCAUGAGCCGGUAAUUCAUGGUUUUCGCUACCAUGUUGAUCCUAUCGGCAGCCGGUGCCACCUACAUGUUCGGUCUAUAUUCCAGUGACAUUAAAACUUCACUCGGCUAUGACCAAACCACCCUCAAUCAACUAAGUUUCUUCAAAGAUUUAGGAUCCAAUGUUGGUAUUCUAUCUGGCCUAAUUAAUGAAAUUUCACCACCAUGGGUUGUUCUUUCAAUUGGGGCUGUCCUAAACUUUUUUGGCUAUUUCAUGAUAUGGAUGUCCGUGACCAAAAAAGUGUCUACACCUAAAGUUUGGUUAAUGUGUUUGUACAUUUGUAUUGGUGCAAAUUCACAAUCAUUUGCCAAUACUGGAGCACUUGUGACACCUAAAAUUUGGUUAAUGUGGUUGUUGAAUGAUCGUUUUGUUGUCAUGAGAUGUUCUUCUCUUGUGCAACUGCAUUGUCUUCCAAAUCGUGAACCACCAGAUGAUGGCAUGAUGGCAUGCCUCUGAAGACUCAGGAGUAGUGUUGCUUCAGCCAAGUUAUCACUUCAGAAAAAAGUUUCAGGGAUUAUUGCUAUAGAUUAGUUUAUUGAUUAUUUGCUUUGUUCCCUCUGAUUUGCAUUUCAAAGGCUCAAAGUGGAUUAUUUCUUUUGAGUAAGCUUUAUCUUCUUUGACGCCUUGCUUAGCAGACGGCUGAAGUGGGGAAGUUGAAAAUUUUGUAGUUGGGGGAUUUCCUUAAUCAGGAUUAUUUGUAGCUUGGGCUGGAAAAGAUGGCUGAAAGAAGAUCAGUAUUUUGAACAGUUACUGAACAAAACCCAAAUGAUGUUUGUGAGAAGUUUUACCAAGGAAGCAUUCCACAGUAUGUUUUGUCGUUAUGGUCAAGUCUUUGAGCGGUAAGCUUUGAUUGUAUGGUUAACCACCUGUUCUUAGACAUACCUCUGAGAUGCUUUUGCUUGCCACUCAUAAAUCUGGUUGAAGUAAAUGAAGUAAGUUUAUGGAUUCAACAAAAGUUCCAAUUGGCAUAGUUAAGAUUUAUCCAAGAGGUUAGGAAGCCUUCUUGUUGUGUUUUGUUGUUUUAGCUGUUAAUGGUAUUGAUACAGUGGAUACAUGUGGUAAUGAGUCAACCUAACGGGUCUGAAGAUGAUAAUCUGCAGACCUGCUUUUCUGCUGCCCAAGUAAGACCUUCUCUGCUGAAAUCUUUUUAACUAAAAUGCUAAAUUUAGUUUCUCCCCUUUGCAUGCUAAUAAUGAAGUGAUUAAGAAACUUACAGCAUUCCAGGUUUACUACUUUUAACUUAACUAUAUUCUGUGCAGUUGCAUGCAUAAUUGUAUAGUUGGAAUUCAACUUGAGAAUUUAAGUAUAUAUUAAGGUAAUGAAUACAAAGUUGAAUGCCAAAAGUGCACAAGCAACCAAGAAUUGGAAGUGUUGCCUGACAACGUCUCUCUAGCCACUAAGUAGGCAGAAUGAUGCAUCAUUAAGGUUUAUGGUGUGUGUGUGGUAUUUAUUAUUUAUUUUUUCUAAUCGAUAUACAUAAAUUAUAU